UAGUGGGUAACGAGCUACCUGUACAAGCAGACGCUUGAUCUCGGCUUGGCGAUGUUCACGGGAGCUUUCUUAGUUAACCAACUUAACGUCCUCCACAACACAAACAUCGCAAAGGAUCAAAUAACAACCAAUUGACUGGAGAAUACGUCCUGACGCUAAGAAACCGUUCCCUAUCUGCUAAAUCAGUGGCCACGAAGGUCUAUUACACUCACGACGCUGCGACCAAACCACCAGAUUUGUCCGCGUAACGGACAGGGCUCGGUUAUCCCACCCUGUUGACGAAGUCUGGACAUUAUCCCCUCACAAUAAGUUACAAUGAGCGCACCUCCAAGGGCCCAUGGGCACGCCUCUUCUGCAAGUGCGAUUGCAGGUACUGGGUUGGGUGGACCGGGGGGACAGACAGCCCCCCCGCGUUCGCCGCAGCCGUCGCAGAGCCAACCCUCAACAGGACUACGGGUUCCCUCUAAUCGCAAGACUAUAUAUGACCGGAACCUAAACCGUACGCGAAAUGCAGAGCUUAGCAAGGCCAGCUUUGGUUAUAUCUUUUCUGAGAUGGUGGUAUAUGCCCAAAGAAGAGUUACAGGGAUUCAAGACCUAGAAAGACGGCUUAACGAACAAGGCUACCCUCUUGGACUCCGUCUACUUGACCUGCUUCUAUAUCGAUCCUUGACUGGCUCGUCGACAACGAGUACCUUGACGUCCCAGUCGUCCUCAAGUAACCAACCUGUCAGGCCGCUCCGCAUUCUUCCACUCCUCCAGCUGAUUCAUGGACCCCUAUGGAAGCUCCUAUUUUCACGUCCAGCGGAUGCUCUUGAACAUUCUGUCUCUCCAAAUACACCUAACGAAUAUAUGAUCACGGACAACGACCCAUUAACGAAUACAUACAUAUCUGUGCCAAAAGAAAUGAAUAUGUUGAAUUGUGCGGCCUUUGUUGCCGGUAUUAUUGAAGGUGUAUGCGAUGGCUGCGGGUUCGAAGCUUCUGUGACCGCUCAUAAUCAAGGAAAUGAUAUUUGGCCCAGUCGAACUGUAUUUCUAGUGAAAUUUGGAGACUCUGUUAUGGAAAGAGAAAAGACUUUGGAGCGUGCUGGGAUUAAAUGAUUGCUCCUCAAUUUAUUGCCAUAAGGGUUCCAUUUCAGCUAUUGAU